CUUUCGCGCCAAUGCCAAAAAUGUUUUUAUCUAAAUUAUUAAAGUAUUUUGUUUGUUAUCUCUCUCAUUGUUAAGUAAAUAAGUAACACACAAUGUUCGCAGAAAAAGUUAUAGAACUAAUUAAAGAAGUAGAUAGAAAUCCUGACACAAUAGAUCAAUAUAAUGAUGAAAAAAUACGCCAAAUAAUAGAAGAAAUGCAUUUAUUAUUUAAAUUGAACAUGAAUGAUGCUAAUGCUACAACAGAAAACAGAUCAUUGUGGACCACAGUUCAAGUAAGACAUUCUGCCCUUGAACGCAAUAAAAGGUGUAUAUUAGCCUAUCUCUACAACAGAAUGAAAAAAAUUAAGACAUUACGUUGGGAAUUUGGUGCAGUACUACCUCCAGAUAUCAGAGAAUUGCUUUCUGAUGAUGAAUAUCAAUGGUUUUCAAAAUACUCUGGAAAUCUUGCUUUGUAUAUGAGAUCUUUAGGCCAAGAUAUAGGAUACAGUGGCAUAGACUUGACUGAAAAUUUAAAGCCCCCUAAAUCAUUGUUCAUCGAAGUGCUUUGUGUUGUGGAUUAUGGUAAAUUAGAACUUGAAGAUGGUGAUGUGGUUAUGCUUAAGAAGAAUAGCAGACAUUAUCUUCCUACUUCGGAAUGUCAGACUUUAAUACGACAGGGUAUUCUGAAACAAAUAAUGUGAAUUUAUUUUAUCAAUAGUGAAUUUUUGACCAUUUUAUGUUUUAAAUAAUAUUGUGAAAAAUAAUGUUUGAUGUCUGUAUGGAAAUAAAUUU